AUGGCAACCUGGAAACUGCCUGUAAAUAACAUUGAUUCGUUAAAUUUGAACAUGCGUGCAAUACGUCUUCUUGUCGUUCGUGGUGAAAUUCUGUACGAUAAAAAUAGUUCACAUCACGAUGGAUCAAAUCGACAACUUCGACUAGUUCUUAUAGAAAACAAACGCAUGAAUACGAUCAUCGAUCAAGUGACUAUCACAUGUCUAUCGAAAACGUAUUCAUGUCCAUUUGAAUACUGGAUUGAUUCGAUACAUGCGCAACCUUAUGUGAUCUAUCGACUUGAAGCAAUGUCCGUCGAUCGUGAACUAGCCGGUAAAACAUUAAGUCAAUUCAAAUCCAAGACGAAUAAUCCCAUAAAUUUCAAAGCUAUUCUAACAUUUGCCACCAUCAUACGUGAUUAUCGAGUCUCUUAA